AUGAUUCAUGAUACUGCCUUUGUGUACAAUGCACAGCAGUUGAUUGUUGAUUUUAUAAAAAAGAAUAUGAGUAGUGUCGAAGAAAUUUAUUAUGUUAGUGAUAAUUGCUCGAGUCAUUUCAAAAACAAUAAUUCGAUGUUUAAUUUAACAUGGCAUCAAAAUGAUUUUGGAAUAAAAGCUUAUUGGAUAUAUACAGCUGCUUGUCAUGGAAGAAGCGCCUGCGAUGGCAUUGGAGCUACACUCAAAUCUACGGCCACUCGAUAUUUGCUAUCUAAAGGACCAUCGGCAGCAAUUUUGAGUGCAUAUGAAUUUUUUCAAUUUUGCGAAAAGCGAUUUAGUCACCAACAAAAAGAAAAACCACCUUCUGCCACUUCGACAGUAUCUAAUCUCGAGCAAUUUCGAACUUACAAACAAUCAAUCGAAGAUAUUUAUUCAAAAGUAUUAAAGAAACGGUGGAGUCGAUUACAUACUGCUAUUCCUGGUCUUCGUCAAUUUCAUCAUUUCGAACCGAUUACAAUAGAUGAAGUGAAAUGCAAAAUCGUUUCGAAUCUAUCAACGUCAACAUCAUUCAAAAUGUUGCAGUUUAGCAAAACGAAAACAAUCACUCCUAUUUAUUCGAUACAUGAUUUAAAAGCUGGUGACUAUGGUGUUGUUGUUUACAAUGGUAAAUGGUGGUUAACCAAAAUCAAUAGUUUCGAUAAGUCUUUAGGGAGCGUUGAAGCUUCUAUAUGUACACAAGCUGGAUCAAGAAUAAUAUUUUCAUCCAUGAUGACACCAAGAAUAAUCAAUCCAACAGAUGUUAUUUGUGUACUCAAUUCAUUACCGAAAACGACACCAAGAACUAUUUCCAUUACAAUUUUUCAAUUGAACGACAUUGAAACACUUUACGAAGAUAGUCAUCAAUGA